UGUCCAAAUUGUAAUUUGGAUUUUUUCAUUCAAAUCAAAUAUUUUCUCAUUCAGAUUCUUGUACUUUUGUAAAUUUUGUAAAUUUUUUAUCCAUUUUCAAUGGAAUCAAAUGAAUCUAAUACAAAUGAUGCUGUUGUUACUGAAAAUUUAAAUUCCGAUGUUCAGAAUGAAACCAAAGAAUCUGAAUUAAAAAAAAGUUCAAUUGAUUCGUCAAAUGAUGGCCAUCCGGAAUCAAAUUCUCAGCUAUCAAAACGAAAACAAAGACGAUUAAAACGUGAACAAAGAUGGGCAGAAACCAGAGCUGAACGUCGACGUGAAGAGAAAAAACGUCGUCGUGAACGUCGUCAACAAAAUAAACUGAAUGGUACGGUUAGCAAAAAACCUCGAUUACAAACAGUUUCAAUGUCUAAUUCUAAUUGUAAAACUAUAAUUGUUAUUGAUUGUGAUUAUGAAUCAUUUAUGAAUGAAAAUGAAUUACGAAAACUUUGCAAACAAUUAAUGUAUUGUUAUGCAAUUAAUCGUCGAAGUUCAGCACCGGCUCAACUAUGGAUAACAUCUAUGCGUGGUAAACUAUUAGAACUAAUGGAACGUUUACAUCAUAGCUAUCAUAAUUGGGAUUGUAAAGUAACGGAUAAACAUUGGACAGAAGUUUUAUUUUCAAAUAAUAUUGUCGAUUAUAAAUCGAAUCCAAAAAUAAUUUAUCUAACAGGUGAUGCAAAAGCUACCAUACCGGAUUGUCAACAAAUAAAAGAAUCGAAUGAUUAUGUAUUCAUUAUUGGCGGUUUAAUUGAUCAUAAUCGUCAUAAAUGUUUAUGUUUAAAACGUGCUCGUGAAGAAUUUCAAAUGAAUUAUGGCCAAUUACCAAUUGGUGAACAUAUACAAAUGAAUCAACGAAGAAUUCUAUCAAUACCACAUGUUUAUGAAAUAAUGUUGUUAGCUUCGAAUGGAAUGAUCGAUAAUAAUUUUUCUUGGACUAAUAUUUUUCAGAAAGUAAUACCGAACAGAAAAUUACAGUUAUCAUCAUCAUCAUCGAAUGAUAUAAUCAAUAAUAUUUCUAAUAAUGAUAAA